CACUUUGUUGGCGUCCGCAACCGCAACUGUCAAUCUCUCUCUCCUCUCUUACAGAAACUCUCUCUCUCUCUCUCUGUCUCUCUCGCUCUCGCUCUCUCUUUGUCACUCUCCUUAAAACCCUAGCGCCCACCAAACCCAUGACAAGAUGAAACACUACAAGGCGCGCGUUUUGCUCUGAUCGCAGCUUGCUCCACCAGCCCACGAAGAUCUUGAUACUCCGUUCCACGCUCCUCCCCCCAAUUUUACCACUUUAACAGUGUCACUGCCACUGCCACUGUCACUGCCACUGCCACUGCCACUGCCACUGCCUCUGUUCUCUUCGUUGAGCAAAGGAAAAGGAGAGAAAAGGAAUUUUGGUUUUGGUGAGAUCGGAGGAGUGAUGGUGAUGGCUGAGAAUGAGGCUGGGGAUGACCAGAGGGACCUCAAUGUCAAUGGAGGUGGGCCCAAGUCCCCAUGGAAGACUCCGGUCACGGUCGACGCCAAGGCGACCGAGGAUGCUCCCGUCAUGGGGGCUGAGUCCUGGCCUGCUCUGGCCGACGCCCACAGGCCCAAAAAUUCAGAUGCUGCGGCGAAGCCGCCAGCCGCAGAGCCGUCUCCUUUGCCUCCUCAGGGAUUUGUCAUGCAGCAGAAGUCAAAUGGGUCUGGAAAUUCUAAUGCUUUACACAAGCAUUCAUCAUCACAACAUCACCAAAAAGGCCCUAGGCGCAACCCAAAUGCUGCACCUCCUUUUCCAGUACCCUUACCUUACCAUCAACCACCGCUUCCUCCUGUUUUUCAUACUAUGGUACAGCAUCCACACAUUGCUGCUUCUGGGUAUGCUUACCAGCCAUACCCUGGACCCAUUCCAAGUGUUGAAAAUCAUAUUGCAAAAUCUGGAUGUGAGACCCCAGUGCAAGCUUUUGUGCAACCAGUUCAGCCUCAACCACGAGGGAAUCCAAAUGCUUAUAGUGCCAAUUUUUCUACUAGAAGACCCAAUUUGCCAGAACCUGGUGGCCAUUGGAAUCAUACUUGGAAUCAUCAACGACCAUUUAACCCCAGAGAGAACAUUCCUGUGCAACAGGGUGUUGGACCUAGGCCUUUCUUAAGACCUCAUUUUUUUGGUCCAGCUCCAGGAUUCAUGGUCGGCCCAAGCAUUCCUGGUCCUGCACCCAUAUGCUAUCUUCCAGUUCCACCACCUGGUGCAAUUAGAGGACCUCAUCCUCCGCGCUUUAUGCCACAUCCUUUAAAUCCAGGGGCUCCAUUACUACCCUCAGAAACACAUACAUUCUCAUUGAGGGACAAUAUUAUUAAACAAAUAGAGUAUUAUUUCAGUGAUGAAAAUCUAAAGAAUGACCAUUACCUAAUUUCAUUGAUGGAUGACGAAGGAUGGGUUCCAAUAACCACGAUUGCAGACUUUAAAAGGGUUAAAAAAAUGUGUACAGACAUAACGUUUAUCAUUGAUUCACUGCUGGGUUCAGCUACUGUAGAAGUGCAGGCUAACAAGAUACGGAGACGUGAUGAAUGGUCAAAGUGGACCGCAGCCUCUGCAGACUCUGUGUUAACAUCCAAACCGCAAACUUCCCUGGUUCAACAUCAAGAUAGGUCUAUCAAUGCUCCUGAGAAUAGUGAUUCCAGCAAUGAUAGAAGGAACACUUCCGAAGAAAAAGCUGAACUUUCAUCAGAUGAAAAAACUUUGAUGUUGUGCAUGCCAUCAAACACCAAACAUAGCACUGAUGGUGUUCGGGUUGAUGGAGGAUCACAAGAUUAUAAUGGUGGUUUAAGUGGAAAGUUGACUUCUAAAUCAAAUUGCAAUUCCUCAAUUGUCAAAAUGAAUCAUUACUCAGACUGCCUAGACCACUCAGAGGGAAUUGAAAGUGUAAGACUCGAUGAUGAUGGGGUGGAAGGCAUGCCGUCAGAUAUGGAUAUGAAGAAUGUUGGUGACCUGUCUAGUGAUUUUGCAAACACAUUUAUGCUGGAUGAAGAGCUAGAGCUUGAGCAGAAAAUAAUAAAGAAGGAUGAUCUUUCUCCUGUUAGAAGAAGUGGUGUCCAAAGGAUUGAUGAUGAAGAUGAUGAGAUUGUAGUCAAUGAUCAGGAUGUCCAGAGACUUGUAAUUGUCACUCAG